CCAUGGCGUGCUUCGGAUUGACCGUCGUGCGGCAUGGAGAAACAAGAUACAACAAAGACAAGAUACUGCAAGGUCAAGGAGUGGAUGAGCCCCUCUCUCAUACUGGUUUCAGACAAGCAGAUGCUGCUGGUGUGUUUCUCAGUAAUGUGGAAUUUACCCAUGUCUUUUCAAGUGACCUCCUUCGAGCAAAGCAGACUGCUGCCAUAAUUAUAGGAAAAAAUAGGUUUUGCCAAGACUUGGAAAUCAAGCAUGAUGCAAGACUUCGUGAGAGAAAGUAUGGUGUUGCAGAAGGAAGGCCUUUGGCUGACCUUAAGGCCAUGGCAAAGGCUGCUGGAGAACAGUGUCCUUCAUUUACACCUUCUGGAGGAGAAACACUGAAUGAAGUGAGAGAACGUGCAAGGGAUUUCUUUGAAUUUCUGUGUCAGCUAGCUGUUGAAGCAGGACAGAACAAACAAGUGACACAUAGUGCAGCAAGCAACAGCUUACGAAGAUCUGAAGUACAGUCAGUUUUCCCCUGGGCAGACCACUGUGAUGAACCAGAACUUGACUCUGGUAACAGUGGAGCUUCUAAACAAUUAGAUGCCAAUAUAUUAGUGGUGAGUCAUGGGGCAUACAUGAGAAACUGGUUUGUCUAUUUUUUUUCAGAUCUUAAAUGUACUUUGCCAACAGCUUUUACAAAGUCUCAGCUGUCUUCUGUGAGUCCCAAUACAGGAGUUAGUCACUUUGUUAUAAAACUUGAUAAGGAAAAUAUAUUAAAGCCUGAAAUAAACUGUGUUUGUCUUAAUCAAGACUCUCAUUUAGUGGAUGUGAGUGCUGAAUUUGCAACUUCAAAAAUGUUUUAAGAGCCUUUAGAAGGGAAGUGAUUUUUAGAUAAUCACCA